CGAUAUUCAUACUCAUAUUCAUUUUCGUAUUUAAGAACUCUCUCUCAGCAUUUUUCCGUUUUGGACUUAAUUUAAUGCACUUAAGCGACUAAUGAAAAUAAAUUGAUGUAUAAAUAAAUUUAUAAUAAUAGAUGUGCGCAUUGUUGUUGUUAUUUUAUGCCUGUUGAUUUAGUUACUAAAUUGGAAUCUGGCACCACAUGAACUUAAGUCGUAAAGUCGUCGCCAACGCAACUAAAAACGCCGUUUGCUAAUUAUUUAAUUUACUUGAAGCAAUGCCGCAUGCCAUUGAAACAUGCCCUGUGUGCGUGUGUGAGUGCGUGCAUAUGUGUAUGAGUGUGGAAGAUUUGCGAGAAAUGGGCAAGAUUAUAUGCGGUUGCACGUAAGCAAUUAGUGCCGUAUUAAGUAAGUUCAAAAGCGAAAUGUUAAAGAGAAUUUUUAAAUUCACUUUGACAAGCCAGCAAUUUGAAUCCAUGUGCGUCUGAGUAUGUGCGAAUGUAUGUGUGUGUGUUUGAGACAGCGUGUUGCUGGAAAAUGAGUACGCGCAAUGGCUUUGGCGGCCGAUAUGGGAGAAUGUUGUAUUCCAUUUCAUAACGGCAUUUUAUUUCUUUUUUUUGUUAUGUGUUGGUGCUUCAUUGAGAAACCGCGUGGCACUCUCGUAAUGUAAAUGCAUAUACUCUCCGCUUAAGCAGGCCAAUAUACAUACGUGUAUGGUAUAUAAAAGUAUUUAAGAGACUCGCUGCUUUUGCUUCUUCAUUGGCUUUAUUUUUGUUUAUCCAUUUGUAUUUUCCUUUUGUUUUUGAUUUUGUUUGAAUUUCGCUUUGAGUACUCUUCACAAGGCGACAUUUUAGGCGCUCUUCCGUGCUCUUUUGCGUGCACACGUGCACUCUCACACGUACACAAAAUUCACUAAUACCAAUUGAAAUUCUUAUAUAUCCGCAAAUGUGUUUGUAAAUUUGAGCAGUUGUAAUUAUGGUUGUAUUUGUAGUAGCACCUAAAAGCAAACUCAACCAACAAAUUGAAACAACAUUUUUUUUCAAACGUUACGUAAAUUCUUCUUCUCCAAACAUUUCAGAGUUCACAAACGACGCUGAAGUCGUCGGAAGCGGACGCAUUUAACUCCAGCAGCUGGAAAAAAUUGGCCGAAAUUAAUUGAAGAAGAAAUAUUUAUUUAUUUAUCUAUUUACAUUCAAUUUAAAUUGCUGCAAAAACAGCAAACCGGAAUACAAACUAACAAUUGAAAUAGUAACAACACACAUGUGUGCGUGCCGUGCAAUCGCGUUCCGUUAACGAUGAAAAAUGUCAAUUGAGAAAAUUAUUACACAAGUGAAAUGUUAUAAAAUUAUUACGUAAAAUCAGUGCUAAGGAUAUUUGUGUUGAAAAUUGGUUUUGCCCCGCAUAAUCUAAUGAUUGUACAUGUGUGACGAGUUUGAUAACAACUGUUUAGCGUGCAGCAAAGGUGGGGAAAACAAGCUGCGAGAAGCAAGUAAAAAUAUUAAAAAAUCAAAAAAAAAAUUCUUUUUAAAAUUUAGCAAAUGUGAGAAAUCAAAAAAAAAAAAAAUUAAUGUGCAACAACAAAGCGAAAGAAUAGUGUACACAAAAAAGUGAGAAAAAAAUAACAACAAGCAAAAAAAAAAAUUUCGGUGAAUAAGCGACAAAUAAUGUCAAAAAGUGCCACUGAGCAAUAUCAAAUCAAAAAGAAACGAAAACACAACAACAAAAGCAAACAAAACAACAACAGCAUCAGCAAAGUGAAAAAUACAAACCAAAUUUUCUAUAAAAAUCAAAUAAAAUUUCUAAACAAUAACAAAUACAACAAGGUGUUACAUAAAAUCAAUACAACAACAAUUGGCGACGCUUUAAUCAAACAACUAACGCUCACUGAAAUUUGCCUGCAACAGCAGCAGCACCAACAAAAGCAACAGCAGCUACAACAACAUUUUGAUUAUUUAUAUAAGAAUAACGGCAGCUGUUUAGUGACGCCAGCUAAAUUUAUUUUCAGCGCUAAAAACGUCAAGAACGACGCCGACGUUGUUGUUGCGACGUCUCAUUGCGCGCAGGCUAACGACCCAAACGGCAGCGACGGGCUAACGUCUAGCAUACGUGACCGAGAGCAGGUCGCCAGAGUGAACGAAGAAAAGAACUGCAUUGGCAGAGAAGUCUACAACAAAAACAACACAUUUUUUUCUAAAAUUCACAGCAACAACAGCUGCUCCAUUAACAAAAUGCCACUUUCCCAAGGCCUCGCAGCCAAAAUAUGCCCUGGUGGGGCAGUAAAGCGCACAGCCACCAAACCCGCAUUACCACGCCAAGUCGAGGCGGCGAAACGUAGCAAAUCGGCCGCGGCAGAGCAUUUCGCACGCCUCACGCCACAACAGCAUCUACAUACGCGCCAUAGCAACAAUAGCAAGUACUUGCGAGGUGGCAACAAUAAGCUUGGCAGCGCUUACAAGUCCAUGUCUACAACGGCGUUGAGCGCCGCAGCGCCACUGUCCAACGCGAAUAGUCGCUACGCGUCACCCACACGCGCGUCAUCAGCUGAUUUUACGCACAGCAGCAACUUGCAAUUCUACUAUUUGUUAGCCGAAUCUUUGACGCGCUACGGCAGCCUUCUCGAGGCAUUCGAUGUAUACGCAUUUAUAGCCAGCGAGCAGUUGGAUAACUGCAUACCGCUGGAUCGUCUCAAUACAUUCGCGAGCGCGCUGAUUACGUAUGUGCGCAAGAUGGGUGGCAGCAGUCCAGAACUGUUUACCGCUCCGGCAACCGGUAGCGGGGCUAAGCUCUCUGACAGCAAUGCACUCGAAACGGCACUGAAAGUGAAGUAUGCACGUAGCGGCGCCGCCAGCUGGAGUGCCGGCGCUUCAGGCGUUCUGCCAUGCGGUAUUACGGCGACCACACCGCCGGUGCCGGAUGCAGUCGUUGGUGCUGGGCUUUCGGAUAUGCAUUCGCCUACACGAGAACUAUUACGGGUGCCGAGCCCGACGCAGAGCGAGGACUACGAUCCACUGCUCUGUCCGCUCUGCAAUGAUAUUCUGCGUUGUCCGGUGACUACGAACUGCGGUCACACCUUUUGUCGGCAUUGCUGCGACACAAUCACACAAUGCAACAUUUGUCAUGUGAAAUUUCCACGCAAUAAUCGGGACGAAUUUCGCGCAGAGGUGGCGAGUAGCCCGCGCAAUUAUGCAACUACGUCCAGCUCCACGCUGACCACUUUAACAACAGCCACAACGUCAUCUUCAGCGGCCGCUUUGACAAGUGUAAAUGCCUUCUUGCACGCAUCAACAAGCGCUGCGCUUCCACAAGCCGAUCGAGCACCUGGAGUUACACUCGCAUCAGCAGCCACCAAUCAAAAUCCAACAACCUCAACAGCUGCUUACACUAACAUUUCCACUAACGCCCCGGCAAUGGCAAGCAAUGCACCGUCAUCAGCGAAUGAUAAUUCUUUGCUGCUGCGACGCUUGCAAACACGCAACAAUGCCCUCAGCGGCAACGCCGAUGACAGUGGUAAUAGUUUUGGGGAAAUUGUUGCGCCCGCGCGCUUACAACUGACACCAUCACCACCCUCUCCGCCGACUACCGUAACAACCGCAACUGUUGCUUCGACAACAGCCACGGCCACAACAACAAUGGCAUCCUCGGGAUCGGGUGCUGGCGGUGCUGUCGCCGCCAUAAGUGGCUCAGCGACAAAUAUGAAAUUCAUGCCCGACGUUUUGGUGCGUCGAUUGGUCGAGAAAUGGUGGGGACCGGAUUUGCAGGCGAAGAAGGACAACGAGACCGCAGCCAGCUUUAUGCAUAUGAAUUUACUCGAUGACGCAUUGAAAUUCUGCAAUGCCAGUUUGGAGAAAUCGCCCUUCAACUUCAAGAGCUUAUUACUGCGCGCCGAGGUUUUACGCAAGCUCAAUCAUUUUCAAAGCUCAUUGGCCGAUGUGGAUAAUGCGCUGAAGACGCGCUACAAUUCAGCGAAGGCCCACUAUAUGCGAGCCCUGGCUCUGUGCGAGCUCGGUCGCUGCGAAGAAGCACUCUUCGACAAUUGUUUGGCCAUUAGUCUCGAUAAGGAUACAUUACUCACUAGUUCGGAAUUAUUUCAACAUGAUCUCGCAAAGAAUUUGCAGAAACUUCUCGCCCAAACUCCAAAAAGCAAAUCGCUACUACAGCGUACCUUCAGCUCAGCCACUUCGGUGUCUGUAGUUCCUUAUAAGCUGCUCGCAGCGGAGCAACAUUUGCGCCGGCGCAAACAAUUAGCCCUGCUGAGCAAUGCGAAUGGGGAUCAUCUGAGCGCACUCGAUGAAGAGUUUAUACCCUACGAGAGCAGUAAAUGUGAUAUUAUCGCGGAAAGCGAUUAUUUGGCAAACAUGGAUGGCACCAUCGGUGGCGUUGGAGUUGCCAGUAUUGGUGAUGAUGAUGUAUUGAACAGCGUAGGCGGUAACAUAUCCGCUGAAUAUAUCUCAGGUAUCGGUGACACGCUCAUCGAUAAGCGCUUCUCCAUCUAUGCUGGUAUGGAGAAGCAUUUUGAUAUCGAGUUGCGUCGACAGACAUCCCGUAAGCAUUUCCGACGGAAAUGGACGCCCAGAGAGACCGAGCUGGUGCCCGCGCUGAGUCCGUCGUUGGAAGAGGUGCAGUAUAGCGCAAUUUUUCGCAACACAUUGGAUCGGGUGCAGCAGGAAGUGCAGGGAUUGAAAAAGCUCGAGUUGGCUAAUGGCGCUUCAAAGAGACAACAACUGCAAGUGCCUGCCGGUCUUGUGGACGCUAGCGACUUUGAUUGUGUGCUGUGUUGGCGCACCUUCUGGAAGCCGGUGGUGACACCGUGCGGUCACACCUACUGCCGGGUAUGCUUGGAUCGUUGCAUGGAUUACACCUCCUCGUGUCCAUUGUGCAUGUCGCCACUUGUGGAACCAAAUGUCAAUACCAUGUAUCAGGGCUCAUCCUCGCCCAUUCCCUUCAUUGUGGCCAAGCGGCCUGUGACUAAAUUCCUAGAAGCCGCAAUGAAACGAUUCAUUCCAGACAAUUACGAGAAACGUUUCCAACAAGAGAUCGACCUGGAACCCUCCGUGCCGGUUUUCAUUUGUACGACGGCUUUCCCCUGUGUGCCAUGCCCACUCUUCGUUUACGAGCCGCGCUAUCGGCUUAUGGUACGACGCGCUGUGGAAUCCGGUGAGAAGCAAUUUGGUAUUGUACAACCGAAUAACGGUAAAUCACGUUAUUUCGAUGUCGGCACAAUGCUAGACAUACGUGACUGUGUGUUACUCGGCGACGGCUGUUCGAUCCUGAGUACGGUGGGUUGUAAGCGCUUCAAGAUUUUGGCGCGCAACGAAAAGGAUGGUUACGAGACGGCGAAGGUGGAGUACAUCUACGAUGAGACCAUACCCGAUGAGCUAGUGAAAACGGUGAACCAUAUGCAUACGGUGGUUUUGGCCAAGGCCAUCGAUUGGUUUGAGAGCCUUAGCACCGACUUGAAGCAGGAGAUUUUACAAAGUCUGGGCGAAAUGCCGGCAGUGGAGGAGAAUUGGGAGACUAUUGCUGAUGGGCCAGCGUGGGCGUGGUGGAUCAUCGCGUUAUUGCCACUCAAUCAGCAGCUGAAGGUUGACAUACUCGCCACGACUUCGCUGGAAAAACGGCUGCGCGCCAUCGAGAAAACUCUCGACUAUAUGUCUGGCACUUUGCGACGUACGCAACAGCCGGAUUGUAGUGUUGUUGUACCGCAGCAACAACAGCAGCAGCAACAACAACAGCAGCAGCAAUUACAACAAGAAGAGCAAGAAGAUUGUGAAAAUGAGUUGCCACAAAUUGAUGAAUGCUGUCAACGCUCAACCACUAAUGCGCUACGCACAGUCAAUGGAGAGCCGAAUCAUCAUCAUCACCACCACCACCACCACCAUCAUCAUCAUCACCAUCAUCAUCACCACCACCAUCAUCAUGGCAGUAGCAGUGAACAGGAGCUCUUGCUGUAAUGUGGCAACACUGUUAAUAAUAGUAAGAAACAAGAGAGCGAGUUGGAGCGAGAAGAGUGAGCGAAGUUAAAAUUGCGAUGCAAAUUCUAGCAGUAAAGUGAAGCAGUGCAAUUUAACGGUAUUGACGUGCAGACAGCAGGAGGAAAAAAAAUUAUCAGAUACCAAAAGCUUUAAAACAAACAAAAAAAAAAAUUGGGAAAAAUAAUAAAUUAAGAAAAUAAACCGAAUAGGAAAUCACCAAAAAAGUGUAUCGAGUAAUCUCUGUGCACCUACACAAAACACUCCGGCAUACAGGCACCUACAAACUGCUGCAAGCGGUUCUCUACACCAACCAGGUGGCAACACUGGAGCGUUGCCACACACUUAUCUUAAGUUUUCCUAUAUUUUUUUCCUAAUUCUAUAUCUAUAUUUACAUAAUUAUAUUUACAGAAGUGUAUAAGUUAUAAACAAAUUAAGCUAAAUAAUGUAAGUUUAUGUGUAACUGUAAUAGCAUUAAAAAUUAAAUGUUAAAAAAUUGUAGAUUUGUAAUUGUAAUUAAUGUCUUAUAACAUUUCAAAUGAGGGAAUUUAUAGCAAAAAAACUGCAAAAAAUGUAAAAAUUAAUUUAAAUUGAAAAAUAAAACUAAAAGCAU